GCUUGAAAUAACCUAUAAAUGUCCGGUUUAUUCUUAUAAUAUAUACCUGACAUGUAUUAAAUGAUCAUGGGAAAAAUUAAAAUAAAAAAAAAAAAAAAUCCAAAAUGUUUUAAACAAGAAUUAUGUAUUCGCCAUAGAGAUCUAAACUGCUUUGGACAAUCUGUCAGGUAACAUUCUGUAACCUUCAAGAUUAUUAUUUGUAAUUAUUUUUGUUUACCUUAUUGUGUGUUAAUCGAAUUUAUAUAAACAUGAAAUGGUUUAACGGUACAAUAGCUGAUGCGAUUAAAACAGCUAAAAGUCGACAAGCUAUUUUUGUCGUCUACACAGAGGGCGAUGAUGAGAAUUCAAAAUUGAUGUCAGAAGUAUUGGACGCAGGCGAAAUUUGUUCUGAAUUGAGCAGUGAUCAAUUUGUAAUCAUUAAGUUAUCUUCUAAUGAUGUUGGUUACCGACAGUUUGUUGAAAUAUACAAACUGGUGCCUGUGCCAUCACUUUUCUUUAUAGGAAAUUCUGGUGCUCCGAUUGACAUUGUUGCCGCCAAUUCUUCUCGCUUAAGUUUAGAAACAAAAAUUAAAGAAGCCAUAGGAAAAUGCAAUAUCAAACCUGGUAAAACAACUAGCAACACAGCCAUGUCAUCACCAGUUGCAACAGAUACUCCUAGGCCUGAAGCAACAGUGGCAUCACCUGUUGCAACAGAUAUUCUUGGACCUAGCACGAGUCAAGCUUCUGAGCAGCUUGUAACGACUGAUAAUGUGACUGAAGUGGAGGCUAAGGACAAAAAGGAAGAAGUUGAAUCUAAACCAUCAUUAGAAGAAAGAGUGGAAAAAGCCAAAAAACUGUUAGAAAUAAAGAAACAGGAAAAAGAAGCUAAAGAGAUAGAGGAUGAGAAACAGAAGGAGUUUGAAAGGAGACGAAUGGGGCAAGAAGUGCUGAAAAUGAAGAAGAAACAGCAGGACAAAGAAUUACAAGAAAUGAUCGAAGAAAGGGAAAGAGAGAAGAGGGAAAGUGCUGCAGCCAAGCAGAGAAUACUAGAACAGAUAGCUCAGGACAGAGCUGAAAGAUUAGAGAGGGAGCAGAAGUUGAAAGGUGGAAUCGCAAAUACUUCAAAUCAAACCAACCAAUCAGCUGCUGCUUCUGCACCCGCAGUUGAGAGACCUGUAAAUGUGAAUACUACACGGAUUCAAUUCAAAUUGCCGACUGGAGAAGCUAAAACUCAUUCAUUUCCACCAAAUACCACACUCCUACAAGUCAGGGAUUUUAUCAAUAAUAACAUUGAAUUAUCUUUUAGCGAGUACAGACUAGCAACAACAUUUCCGCGGAGGGAAUUCACACAUGAUGACAAUGAGAGUACUUUGUUAUCUUUGAAUCUUGCGCCAACUGGAGUCAUUCUUAUUUUACCAUUAGUUGUUAGUAAUGUGAGACCUCAAGCAACCGCUUGGCUGAAAAUAAUCUCAAAUCUCUUUUGGGACCUUGUACAACCAGUUUUCUCUGUCGCUAAUUACAUUCAGCAGUACUUCACGUCCGGACCACCUUCCACUGACAGCAGGCCAAGUGAAUCUGUAUCUCCUGCUCCUCCGCAAUCCUCGUUCCGCGGCUUCUGUGGUUUUGCAGCCAUCAAGAAAUUGAAGCUGAAUAAGUUCUUCGGAAUUUGGAAAACUAUCGGCAAAACUUUCACUGCUGACAAUCGGGAGAGGACAUCUGUGAGAAGAUCUGGUAACAUCCAUAGCCUGAGAGACAUAAACGACGGGAAUGACGAAAACAACACAUGGAACGGUAACUCCACCCAGCAAAUGUAAAGAGCUUGACGUUACCUCAGCAGUUGAAACUCCGGUGGCAGUUGUGGGCUCUUAAAAAAAAAAUAAUGUAUUUACAGGCAUACCAAAUUAAAAAAAAUUAAUUAUUUAUGAUUUGAUUACCAUAUUGUUAAUUUCCUUUGUAUUAUAUAUAUAUUUUUAGUUUAUUUGGUUAUAAAAAUAUGCAGCACUUUGAUUUUUAAAAAUCUGUUUUGAAAUAUAUGUAUUGUUAAUU